ACUUUUUUACUUUUACUCAAGUAAUUAUAAAAUUAAUAUUUUCACUUCUAAUUGAGAAAUUAUUUCUGUAAUUGUUUGUACUUUUACUUGAGUCCAGUUUUUGAUUCCCGCCUCUGCUCGCGUCUCCAAACACUGACAGUCAGCACAAUAAACAGACAAGUGUUUAUCACUGAACUUCAGCAUGAGAAGAAUUCUGACAAAGAUUUGACCCUGGAGAAAAUCUGACAAAGAAAGAGCAGUAAAAAAAAAAAAACUAAGAAAGUGGAUUCUAGCAUUUUCAUUAUCAGUAUUUGAAUUUAUAAUUGUUCUUUAGUGUUUGAUUCAAGAUUUUCUAGCAUUAUACUUGAGAGUUUCAAUGCAAGUUUUGUUACAAUUUAACAUGAAGAAAUCAUGAUGUUGUUCUUUGACCCAAAGGUAAUCAUAAACCCCACCCUCUUAACAACACUUAAAGAAGGAGAUUGUAUGUCUCUUUUCUGUCAUACUGACUCUCUUGACAAAAGUGGAGAAACGAAGACAACUGCAGUUUACGCAGUGAGAAACUCAAAUUCUUCUGUCUGGUGGACAAACAGCAUUCACAGUGUUCAGUGUGCAGAGAUUCACAGAAACAUGGAAAUCACACAUUCAGACACAUUUGUAUCAAAUAAGGAGUUCGAUACAACACUGAAGUCAUUACAGGAGAAAAUUCAACUAAAUGAAAACAUUAAAAGAAACUUAGAGAAAACAGUUCAACAUAUUAAGUCUCAAGCUGAGCACACAGAGCGUCAGAUUAAACAGCAGUUUGAGACGCUUCAUCAGUUUCUCAGAGAUGAAGAAGAAGCUACAAUCACUGAACUGAGAGAGGAAGAGGAGCAGAAGACGCAGAUGCUGAAGGAGAAGCUGGAGGAGAUCAACAGACACAUCUCGGCUCUUUCACACACAAUCAAAGACACGGAGGAGAUGAUGAAAGCCGGUGACAUUCUGAAGGAGUUUCCAGUCUCAAUGGAAAGAGUCCAGAACCCACAGCCGGAUCCACAGAUGCCUUCUGGAGCUUUGAUUCAUGUGCCACGUUACUUGGGUAACCUGCCCUUCAGAGUCUGGAAGAAGAUGGAGGACAUCAUCCAAAACACUCCUGUGAUUCUGGAUCCAAACACGACUCAUCAAGAUCUCAUCCUGUCUGAUGAUCUGACCAGUGUGAGGGUCAGCAGGAAUAAUCAACCUCCUCCUGAUAAUCCAGAGAGAUUUAACGAGUAUCUCUGUGUUUUGGGAUCCGAGGGUUUUGACUCUGGAAAACACUGGUGGGAUGUGGAGGUUAAAGGCAGUUCAAACUGGAGACUUGGAAUAACUACAAUAUCAAACCAAAGGAAGGGACGUGGUUUCUUUAACACUGAUGUCUGGUGUGUGUGGCAUGGAUGGUCUUUACCGUGUGCUUUUCAUGUUGAACAGCAGAUUGAUCGUGUGAGAGUAUAUCUGGAUUGUGACAUAGGAAUGGUGUCAUUUUCUGAUCCUGUAACUAACACACAUCUACACACGUUCAAAGCAAAGUUCACUCAAAGACUCGUUCCAUUCUUCUGGUGUCUUGACUCUCUCAGCAUCUUACCGAUCAUUAACCAGAACCCUGUACUGGAGCAUAAACUUGAACAUCCCAGACACAUACCCAGUAGAUGCCCUAUCAGAUGAUGAUGUCUCACCAGCAGAAAGGCCCUCCCAGGAUCUCUAUUGUGGCAGCCCAUCCAGGUCCAGCAGGUCCAGCAGCUCCACCAGGGUCUCAAUGAAAGUGUAGUAUAAAUAUACUCCUAAUUACUGCUCGUUAAUACUUAGUAGUUGUUACGUUUAAGAAUUGGGUAGGAUUAAGGAUUUAGAAUAAGACAUUAUAUGCUUUUAAGUAAUAAUAUACAGCCAAUAUCCCUGUAAUAGUCAUGUUAAUAACCAACUAGUUAAUAGUGAGAAUUGAAUACUAAAGUGUUACCAAUAUUCUUAUUAACUCACCAAAGUGUUUAAAGAGAGGUUACAAAAAAGUAUGCAUUUUAAGGUUAGACUUUACAUUUCGAUGUUAAAUCCACUAUUGUAUUGUGUAUAAAUGUUCUACAGUCUAUACACGGUAUUAAUUUCAAUUACAUAAGAAGUAACCAAUAAAAUUACAGUAACUUAACUAGUUACACCCAACACUGCUGGGUAGGUACUUACUUAACAAGUGCUAAAAGUACAUACUCUACAAUUAUUUGUACUAUACAAUUAUAUUGAUGGAACGUGCUCAUUUUGUGGUCUUGUUGAAGAAACAGCUGCCGUUUUAUUGUGAUUGUAGUAUAAUCGAUACAUUUUGGGUUGAUUUAAGCUUUUAUAUUUUUAACCCUACUAAUGUGACCCAAAGUUUUACCCUUAAAGAUUUUAUUUUAUUAUGAAAAACCCAACAUCGUUAUCUCUUGAAUGUUGUUAAUUUCUUUAUUUUAUGGGCAAAUUUUUCAUCCACAAGAAAAAAUGGCUUAAAUCUCCUUCAUGUUUUCUUUUUCUUGUUGAAUUUAACUCUCGUUUAAUCCCUCAGGCUUUUAAAAUAAAUAAUUACGAUGAAUUAUUCAAAUAUAUUUAACCUUGUCAUUGUGCUUUUUCCUGUGUAUAUAUAAUCUCAUAUGAUGAAAGCAAACCCAUGAUGUUUAUGAUUUUUUUUAUUGUUAGAUAGCACCAUCUUUCCCUUACAAGUUCAGCAAUAAUAAUAAAAAAAGAUAAGAGCGACAGGUGCACUAACGCCUCUUAGCAUCAGUAACUCGACAUCCCUACCUACUAUGGUUUUCCUCAGUGUUUGCGAUUUUUGCAAAGUCUGCACAAAGGAGGCGUCGGGCAGCUGCUCGAAGAUCUCGUUUUUGGAGAAGACUGCUGAUUUUACACUCUCAAAAUGUAAGUAUUGCUACUUAAAAAUGAAGAUUACCCCAGAAUGCAUUGCAUUGCUAGCCCAUCCAAACA